GUAGCAGGCCGUCAACGGCCUGAAUCACACUCGGCAUUGAGGGAGGAGAGACAAGGCAGGGAAGGAGGAGGAUCUCGAUGACUCACAGGCUGACAGUCCUGCCCAUUCACUGUAUGGUCCUGCCAUUCAUUUGCCGAGGAGUUUCUUUACCGACCGCAGCAAGCCGCUAUCCACUGGAGGGCCGGUGAUACUCGGGCGCGGGCACGUUAGGAGGGAUAACGACUGAACCAGCAGCUGGAAGCUAGAGGGGGGAGAAUCCCGGCCCAGCCUCACUAAGCAUCACUCUCACGUCGGAUUUACCCGUGAUCACCAAUUCGCGUGGAGGAUGCCGUCUCCCUCUCUGAAGUCCACCUGCUGAACUGGUCAGUGGGUGUUUACCCAGCAGACAGCACUAGCAGCUAACCCAGCAGACAGUGUUCGGGUGCUUAUGUCAUCUAGGGAAAGCCGUCUCUACCAUCUAUCUCUUCUUUGCGGUUCCCUUCAUUUCCCAGUCAGCCAGAAAGCGAUCCAGUGCUGUUAUCAGCCUACAUCCCGUUCCCAGUCUCCACUGUGUCAGGUCGGUGAGCAGUCAUGACGAAGUCUUAUGAGUUCAACUGGCAGCGGAAUGUUCCGGCCUUCCUCCAGGAGGGAGCCACCUUCGACAGAUUUGACGAGGACCCCUUUGUGUUCGAGCCCAGCUGUGUGUUCAAAGUGGACGAGUUCGGCUUCUUCCUCUCUUGGAAGAGCGAUGGCAAGGAAGGGCAGGUCCUGGAGUGUUCCCUCAUCAACAGCAUCCGAGUUGGAACAGUGCCUAAGGACCCAAAGAUCCUGGCAUCACUAGAGGCUGCUGGGAAGACAGAGGCGGAGCUUGAGGGGCGUAUCAUCUGUGUGUGCAGCGGAACUGACCUGGUCAACCUCAGCUUCACAUACAUGAUGUCAGACACGACAGAGACAGCCAAGAAAUGGCUGGAUGGGCUCCGGGCUGUAAUGCACAACUUCAAGGCCAACAACGUGUGUCCCAUGACCUGCCUGAAGAAACACUGGAUGAAACUGUGUUUCCUGACUAAUGUGAAUGGAAAGAUUCCGGUCAGAAGCAUCACGCGGACGUUUGGCUCGGGGAAGACGGAGAAGGGCAUCUUCCAGGCACUGAAGGAGCUGGGGCUACCCAGCGGGAAGAACGAUGAAAUUGAACAUUCGGCGUUCACCUUCGACAUCUUCUACGCCCUGACACAGAAGAUCUGCCCGCGGACAGACAUGGAGGAGCUCUUUAAGAAGAUCAAUGGGGACAAAACUGAUUAUUUAACCGUAGACCAGUUAGUCAGCUUUCUGAAUGACAAUCAGCGGGACCCUCGGUUGAACGAGAUUUUGUUCCCGUUUUACGAACAUAAGCGUGCCACUCAAAUCAUCGACAAAUAUGAGAAGGAUGACGACCUCAAGAAGAAAGGCCGUAUGUCCAGUGACGGCUUCUGCCAGUACCUGAUGUCGGACGAGAAUGCGCCGGUGUUUCUGGACAAGCUGGAAGAGUACCAGGAGAUGGACCAGCCGCUGGCGCACUACCUAAUCAGCUCGUCUCACAACACCUACCUGACCGGGCGCCAGUUCGGCGGACGCUCCUCCGUGGAGAUGUAUCGCCAGGCGUUGCUCUCGGGCAGCAGAUGUGUAGAGUUGGACUGCUGGGACGGAAAAGGAGAAGAUCAGGAACCAAUCAUCACCCACGGCAAAGCAAUGUGUACUGAUAUUCUAUUUAAGGAUGUCAUCCAGGCAAUCAGAGACACAGCAUUUGUCUCGUCCGAGUACCCCAUCAUCCUGUCCUUUGAGAACCACUGCAGUAAACCCCAGCAGUUUAAGAUGGCCAAGUACUGUGAGGAGAUCUUUGGUGAACUUCUACUGAAGCAGCCCCUGGACGGAUUCCCACUUGAAGCAGGCCGUCCUCUGCCCUCUCCCGCAGAACUCAAGAUGAAAAUCCUCAUCAAGAACAAACGGCUCAAGCCAGAGGUGGAGCAGAAACAGCUGGAGUCCUUCAAAAAGCACAUGGAGGCAGGAGAGUUAAACACUCAGGCUAAUAUCCUAGAAGACGAGAAUGAGGAGGAGAGCGAAAACACUGAAGGGAAAGAGGGGAACACGGAAGGGAAGACUCCCAACAACAUCUCAUCAGAGGAGCCCAGUGAGAAAAACACACAGGAGAACAGCAUCAAGAAGGUACCAGACGAUGAGGUCACAGAGGUUUCCGAGGCGACGGACGCAACAGACUUGUCGGAGGCAUCAGAACCCGACAACAACAAGAAGGAGGGGGCUGAGGAUGACGAGCAGGUCGAGCAGGCCGAGCAGGCCUUCAUUGCCAAUUACACAUACGUGGGGGCCACCACCAACAUCCACCCCUUCCUCUCCUCCAUGGUCAACUACGCCCAGCCCGUCAAGUUCCAGAGCUUCGACUCGGCAGAAGAGAAGAACAUCCACCACAACAUGUCCUCCUUUAACGAGUCCGUCGGCCUGGGCUACAUGAAGACCAACGCCAUCGAGUUUGUCAACUACAACAAGAGGCAGAUGAGCCGCAUCUACCCCAAAGGCGGCCGCGUGGACUCCAGCAAUUACAUGCCUCAGAUCUUCUGGAACGCCGGAUGCCAGAUGGUCUCCCUCAACUUCCAGACGCCAGAUCUGUCCAUGCAGUUGAAUCAGGGGAAGUUUGAGUACAACGGCGCGUGUGGGUACUUGCUGAAGCCGGACUUCAUGCGUCGCGCCGACCGUAUGUUUGACCCCUUCUCGGAAACACCAGUGGACGGGGUCAUAGCCGCCACCUGCAGCGUCCAGGUGAUCUCGGGCCAGUUCCUGUCGGAUAAGAAGAUUGGUACAUACGUGGAGGUGGACAUGUACGGGUUGCCCACAGAUACCAUACGGAAAGAGUUCAAAACGCGCAUGGUCAUGAACAACGGACUGAAUCCCGCGUACAAUGAGGAACCCUUCAUCUUCAGAAAGGUGAUUCUGCCAGACUUGGCGGUGUUGCGCAUCGCUGUGUACGACGACAGCAACAAGCUGAUUGGUCAGCGCAUCCUGCCCCUGGACGGGCUUCAGGCGGGGUAUCGCCACAUCUCCCUCCGAAACGAGGGCAACAAGCCGCUCUCCCUGCCCACCAUAUUCUGCAACAUCGUGCUCAAAACAUACGUGCCCGACGGCUUCGGCGCCAUUGUGGAUGCUCUGUCUGAUCCAAAGAAGUUCCUGACAAUAGCAGAGAAGAGAGCAGACCAGAUGAGGGCUCUGGGUAUUGAAACGAGUGAUAUUGCGGACGUUCCAAACGAGGGCUCCAAGAACGAGAAGAAAGGCAAACAGAGCCAAGUGAAGGCCAGUGUCACACCGCAGACCAGCUCCGACACAGGCCAGAGCUCCAACGCAGCGGUCAACAACGCCAACGAGGCCAAGAAAGAUGCCUCAGGAUCUGUGCCGCAAAUCAGCAUUGAUGACCUCAAACAGAUGAAGACGUACCUGAAGCUCAUGAAGAAACAGCAGAAGGAGCUGAGCGCACUAAAGAAGAAACACGCCAAGGACCACAACGCCAUGCAGAAAUCCCACUGCGUCCAGAUGGACAAGAUGAUGGCGCAGCACGACAAAGAGAAGUUCACUCUGGAGAAGCUGCUGGAGAAAGCUAUCAAGAAGAAGGGGGAGAACAACUGCAUGGAUCUGAAGAAGGAGACGGAAGCCAAGGUCCAGGCCCUCACCACAGACCACAAAGCGAAGGUGAAGGAGAUCACUGCACAGCACACUAAGGAGUUCUCUGAGCUGCUGGCCUCCCAGAGCACUGAGGAGCAGGGGCUGAAGGACCAGCACGUCACCCAGCAGUGCGACCACCUGGGCAAACUACUGACAGGAAUACAGGAGCAGCAGGCUGUACAGCUCAAACUAGUACAUGACCGGCAGAGCAAAGAGAUGAGAGCCAACCAGGCCAAGACCUCCAUGGAGAACAGCAAGGCCAUCAGUCAAGACAAGACCAUUAAGAACAAGGCCGAGAGGGAGAGGAGAGUGAGGGAACUCAACAGCAGCAACACCAAGAAAUUCCUGGAGGAGAGAAAACGGCUGGGCAUGAAGCAGUCUAGAGAGCUGGAAGUGCUAGAGAAGAACCAGCGCGAGCAGCGAGACAAACUGGAGAAAUUCACAGAGCAGCUUUUGAAAUCACAUCAUGCAGACUCACAGACUCAAGGCCAAGGACAUUCAGCAGAUGGUGAAGUUGGAGGCGGAGAUGGACCGCAGACCAGCCACGGUGGUGUGAGCUCGGCUCCGCUCACUUGACCUCUGACCCUGAGCUCACCAACCCUCCACGCCUGCGGCCACUGCCCCUCAACGCCCCCCUACCCCCCGCCCCACUACCCCCCGC